GAUAGUUGUUGUAAAUGUCAUAUCAAAACAUAUGUGUAUCGAUAGAGCAUUUGAUAUCGUUCGACAAAAAAUCGGCAAAUAGAAAAGAAUUUUAAUAAAUUUCGCAAAUAACGCAUACAAGAUGCCUGUGCUGCCCAUGCCGCCACUAAUGCAGAAUGCCGUUGAGCCUAUGCAAGUGGAUGCGCCACCAAACGAAGACAAUGAAAACAAUGAGGAGCUGCAAAUUGUGGUGGAGAACCCGACAAUUGACUUGGAAGUGUAUGCAAAUCAAUAUACGGGCAUUGCACGUCUCGAUCGCCUGAUUUACGUGGCCGACGUUUGUCCCAUGCUGGCACUGGAAGCCCUGAAAAUGGCCAUUACCUACGUGCAGUCGACAUAUAAUGUUAAAGUUUAUCAAAUGCUGCACAAGCGCUUGAGUGAUCUACAGGCGGUCAAUGGAGGAGGAGGUGGUGGAGUCCCUGCUGGAGGUGAUCAAGUGGCCGCUGCUGCUGCUGCUGUCGUCGCUGCGCUGCCCGACAUUGCUGCCCAACCGGCAGCUGCAGCUGCUGCAGCGGCUCAGGGAGGAGGCGCCAACAAUGCAGGGGAACGGGAUGCAUUCGCCUAUGACGCCGUCUGGGUGGAUGCAAAAAUGAAGAAGGCAGCCCUCAAACUGGAAAAACUCGACUCGGAUCUGAAGAACUACAAAUCGAAUUCUAUCAAGGAGAGCAUCCGACGGGGUCAUGAUGAUUUGGCAGAUCAUUACUUGAGCUGUGGUGAUCUAACCAAUGCCCUAAAGUGCUAUUCGCGUGCCCGUGAUUAUUGCACAAGUGGCAAGCAUGUGGUUAAUAUGUGUCUCAAUGUCAUCAAGGUUUCCAUUUACUUGAAGAACUGGGCACAUGUCAUGAGCUACAUAUCCAAGGCGGAGAGCACACCAGACUUCUCCGAGGGAUCCAAGGAGGCGAAUGCCCAGGUGCAUACCCGUCUCGAAUGCGCCGCCGGUUUGGCGGAACUGCAGCAAAAGAAAUACAAAGUGGCAGCCAAACAUUUUCUGGCUGCCAACUUUGAUCAUUGCGACUUUCCAGAGAUGAUCUCCACCAGCAAUGUGGCCGUCUAUGGCGGCCUCUGCGCCCUGGCCACCUUUGAUCGGCAGGAGCUGAAGCGUCUGGUCAUUGCUUCCACCUCGUUCAAGCUCUUCCUUGAGCUGGAGCCGCAGUUGCGUGAUAUAAUCUUCAAGUUCUACGAAAGCAAAUACGCCAAUUGCCUCACACUGCUCGACGAGAUCCGCGACAAUCUGCUGGUGGACAUGUACAUAGCUCCACACGUCACCACACUCUACACCAAGAUACGCAAUCGGGCGUUGAUUCAAUACUUUAGUCCCUAUAUGUCUGCCGAUAUGCACAAAAUGGCCACAGCAUUCAACUCGACGGUUGGUGAUCUGGAGAACGAGGUGAUGCAACUGAUACUGGAUGGACAGAUUCAAGCCCGCAUCGACUCACACAAUAAGAUCCUGUACGCCAAGGAGGCCGAUCAGCGGAACAGCACCUUCGAGCGGGCUCUGCUCAUGGGCAAACAAUACCAGAGACACACCCGCAUGCUCAUCCUGCGCGCCGCCAUGCUCAAGAGUCACAUCCACGUGAAGAGCGUCUCCCGCGAAACGGGCACCAAUCAUGGCGCCGAACUCUGUGUCUCCGCUGGCUCCAGCACAACCACUCCACUGGCUCGCAUCUAAAACUUAUCAUAUUGCUACAUCCGAUACAUUUGGAUACUUCAUAGCCAUUAUAAGUAUUCCCUUACAUAUUCUGCGAAUUUCACUUGUGCGGCAAAAUAAAGUCUUAUAGCUGAGCUAAUUAAUUAAAAAUCUAAUUACAAAA